AUGCUACGAGUUGGUCAUAUAUAUGGUUUCGUUCGUCUCCCGGGCCGACUCAUUGUCGUACCGCGUUGCAACCCAUGUGCCAGUGCGCAGCGUAGAUGGCCAAAUACCAAAUAAAAUAUUCAUUCAGUCAACACAGCACCUCUCUGAUCUAAUAUGAACACAGAUCGCUCGUCUGAAAACUUCAUGGUCCAUGAUAUCAUGAUGCUCCGGCCUGAGUAUAACAGGGCGAAUUUCAUUCUGAUUGAUCGGGGUAUUCUGUGCGACCACAACACCAAGGUCACAGUGCACCCGUGUAACUGGGAUGGCUGCAUGAUGCAUAUUGCUGUAGAGCACAAGCAGGUCUGCAAACAUCUCCAGCAACAUCAUGGUCUCAACACCACCAGCCCCACGAGCGACGACAUGCAGCAGACUACGUGUCUUUGGACGGCUUGUCUCGGUGCCCACAUGAAAUUGGAGAACCUCCCACGUCAUAUGUUGUUAUCACACCUUGGAGUACGGUGGAUUUGUUCGACAUGCGGGGGUUCACUCUCGCGGGAGGAUGCCUUUCGAAGACAUGCUCUCGAAAGACCGGGCUGCCAAUAUGCGAAACCCGUUGUCAAGUAUGGAGAUGGAUCACUGGUAAUUGACAACAGUGUAGUACUUGAUGGGGGUUGGUCGGCCAGCCAAAAGGUCCGAGUCACGGUCAUGUGAAUCUUCUAACUUCUCUUACAGUAGUAUCCCUAUCGGUUUGUGUUCCAACCUCAAGUAUAUGCACCUCCCUAUAGCUCCUGUCCGUCCGCGUCACGUCAGUGAUCAUGAAUUGUCUUACCGUGUACUCCUACUUAUGUAAUUGAUCUGCACUAUUUGCAGCGGAAAUUGCGUCUUUUCUCCUUGGAUUCGUUGUAGUGUCGACCAUCAAGUUAUUCGAUUGUCUUUAUAUCAACUUGAAGAUACUAAAGUUUCAGUCCCAUUCAACUACCUUCCAAGGCCUGAAUUUG